CAACUGUUUAGAAUUUUUCUCGUUAAACGAAAAUUAAAAAUUAAUAUUUUAAUGAUAUAAAACAAAAAUCGAACGGUAAAAGUGCAAAAUUUAAAUAGUAAUCUUUAAAUUGGAACUAGGGAGAUAUAGUUUUCGUUUACAUCUGUGUGCUGCAGAUAAAAUACGGACCGGUGUUACGGAAAUAGCAAAACAAUCUUAUCAUCAGCCUUAUGUAAACAAUCCGUAUGUGUCAAAAGCUGUCGGGUGCCGGGAAUUAGGUUGUCUCUACGGGAAUCGGAUGAUAAUUUACCCGAUUCAUGACAAAGGAAAUCACUUCUUCAUCAGGUGCCAGCUGUACAGUUUGUCGUAAUUGCGUACAAUCAAGCGGAGGAUGGAAGCUUUUCGGUGGGUUUUUGUGUGUGCGAUACUUUUCGCAUUUGCUACGGCUGCCGGUGCAGAUCUAGCCCGAUAUGAUCAUUUCCGGCUGUAUCGGGUCCUUAUCCGGACACAGGAACAGGUGGAAAUGUUGCAGCAGCUUGAGGAGCAAAGUGAUAGCUAUGCUUUUAUGGGUCACGCCAGACAGCCAAAUCAAAACUUAACCAUUAUGGUUGCACCGCAUAAAAUUGCUGAAAUAACGGAGUUGCUGGAUAGGUACGAGCUACAGGGUACGAUACUGCUCUACAAUAUGCAAGACCUCAUCGAUCAGGAACAGUCCACAAUUAAACCGAAAAACACUCAACCGGAAGAUUUUAGCUGGCAUUUUUACCACCAUCUGGACACGAUCAAUGCAUGGUUGCGGUUACAAGUAUCGCGCCAUUCCCAGCUGGAGCUAAUCGAGCUAAGUGCGAGUUACGAAAAUCAACCACUUUACGGUGUGAAGCUGGUAAAAGAUCCUGCAAACAGUGCCGUCUUUGUUGAGUGUGGUAUACAUGCGCGUGAAUGGAUCUCGCCGGCCAGCUGUACGUUUGUGCUGAACGAGCUACUCACGUCCGACCGGGCGGAAGUACGACAGCUGGCGGACAGUUUCAACUGGAUCAUCUUUCCGGUCGUCAAUCCGGACGGGUACCGGUACACGUUCGAGGGUGAUCGGUUGUGGCGCAAAAACACCAAACCGUACGGUCUUUGCCGUGGUGUGGAUCUGAACCGUAACUUUGCGAGUGAUUGGAACGGACCGGGAGCGAGUGCGGAUCCGUGCCGGUACGAUUUUGCCGGUGGCAGUGAAGCGAGCGAACCGGAAACGCAAGCAUUGGUCCGCUUUCUCGAGGAGAACGUAUCGAAACUGCGCAUCCGAACGUACUUUUCGAUUCAUUCCUUCUCGCAGCUGGUUAUGUUUCCGUACGGCUAUAAGACGGAUCGGGUGCCCAACUAUGACGAUUUGGUCGCGAUCGGACGGAAGGGUGCGGAUGCGAUCGAGCGCACUCAUGGCAAAAAGUAUGUGUCCGGUGCGAUGAUUGAAACGAUCUACCCAUCUUCAGGGGACAGUGUGGAUUGGGUGUACAGUGCGCUCGGUAUACCGGUUGCGUACACGUUCGAGCUGCGAGGACCACCGGACAGCACGAACAUGUUUGUACUCCCGGCGGUGGAAAUCAUCCCAACCGCUGAGGAACUGUUGGCCGCCUUCGUAGCAAUGCUGGGAGAAGCCACACAGCUAGGAUAUUACUCGAACGAUUCGGACCGGCAAGAACUUUAAAGGCUGGUGUGUAAUUAUUUUUGGCGAGAUUUUUUGUCCCCCCCCCCCAAACAAACGAUAUUUGAAUUUUGAAAGGCAUAAGUUUUGCGCAGUUUCUGCAUGUUAUGAGCAUUAUAAAAGCUGUUUAAAUUACGUCUCUCGUUGUAGUUUGAUUUAUGGUCAAUUUAAAUGUUUAGUUAGGCAAUGCAUCAUUUCCAUUAUCUCGUUUGUGAUAAAAAAGGGCAAAUAAAAACGGUAAAGGGCAUCGAACUGCUCGAACACAA